CGUCUCGCCCCGUAGCAGGCCGAGCUUUUCGUCCUCCACCUCGAAACCGUUCUACCUCUGUGCUUCACUAUCCUCCGAUCGUCAAGCUGUUUGUAUUUGGCUUAAUUUAUUGCGAUCGAAGUCGAUUCGGCCGAGACUUGCCAGCGAUGCGACGCUCGAGGCCUCGAGGAAUGCGGAACAACCCUUUGGCCGUUCAAAGCUAGGAGCCGAUACCAACGGCGGCGUCGAUGUAAAUUUACAUCCGACGGAAGAUCUAGGGCUAGGACGAGAGCUACAAGAUGAGGCAGUUGAAACAUCAUGAGCAGCGUUUGUUGAAAAAGGUCGACUUUCUCGACUGGAAACAAGAUGCCUCUCUCCGUGAGAUCAAGGUCAUGAGGCGGUAUCAUAUCCAAGACCGGGAAGAUUACGUCAAGUACAACAAGCUCUGCGGGUCGUUGAGAGGGAUGAUCCACAAGUUGAGCUUGUUACCCGCUCAAGAUCCUUAUCGAGCGAGGAAGGAGGGGGAGGUCUUGGACAAGUUGUAUGAUAUGGGGAUCCUGGACACCGGCACCAAACCGUCCGACGUCGAGAACAAGGUCACCGUCUCGGCCUUUGCAAGGAGGAGGUUGGCCGUAGUCAUGGUCAGGCUGAAGAUGGCAGAGACUGUCGCUGAUGCGGUACGGACGAUCGAGCAAGGACACGUUAGAAUCGGACCUACCCCCAUCACGGAUCCCGCCAUGAUGGUCACUCGGAAUAUGGAAGACUUUAUCACCUGGGUCGACGGUAGUAGUAGGAAGAGGACGAUCGCCAAGUACAAUGACGAGUUGGACGACUUUGACUUGCUAUGACCUCAUAUUCUGGCUCGGGACAUGUAUACCAUCUGUAUCAUAGCUUUCCGCAUGCGGUCGCGCGUGUCUCAAAUAAAAGCGCGCGCUUCUGCGCUUGGGUCAACCCUGAUCGUAGAUCAUCGAUCAACCUCAGCUCGACUCUUGCCCCGUCUCCCUGAUCGAUUCAUCAAACUGAUCAGAUCGCACCUCAACCGUCCUACACAG